UCAAGAAUCUUCCUUUUUCACGAAAAGCACGACGUUAAUUAACACCUGUAGUGCAUGCACAAGAGGUGUGGACCACACUUACCUUUGUACCGAUUGAAAAAGUUGAAAUCAUCAUAACUUAACGUAUAGAAGAAGAACGCAGAUUUCUGAGUGCCCUUUCUUCUCUAUUAUAUAGCUCUUUAUUUUCAGCAAUCUUCUUACCAAAUACCAUGAUGUUGCGUCCACAUGCUCCUUUGCGAAGUAAUCACCUGUGUUUAUCAGAUUCCGAAACAGAAUCCGAUGAUCUGAACGAGCAUCUCAAGGUCCACGAUAGGAAAAAGAACAGCACAGGAGUUUACGAUGGAAAGGAAAACUGUAUGUACGAGAAAAAUAAGAAGAGAGACACUGUUAAUGAAGAUCAUAUGAAAUCGCUCAUGGAUGAAUCAGAUAUAAUGAUGAGAAAGGCAGAGAUAUACCAGGAAUACAUGAAACAGAUCCCUAUUCCAUCAUCAACUUGUGGGUUGCCAAUUUCCUACAUGACCUGGCAAGAAUUAGCCAGAACUAUUAAGCAAGUGUAUGGUCAGCCAUUGCAUUACCUCACGAACAAGCUUUUGAAACAGUGGGAUCAAUUAAGAAUUGGAACAAAGGAUGAAAGCAAGCCAUUGGACAAUAUUAUUGAUCCCAAUAGAGCUGUAGCUACAAUUUGGGGCAUGGAAGAAUUCCAUAGACAAUGCUCUUCUCAUCAGCAUUUGGCUAGACUGUGGCUUUCAGACCCACUGCAGCAUGAUUCUCUUGACAAAACUGUCCCACACUGAAUUGAAAUUCAGCUAAAAUAAUAAAAUCGUCUUCUAGAACA